AUGAAGACAAGAAUUCUCAUUGGUCUCUCAACGGCCGGGUCAGCUGUUGCCUUUAUAGGCAACCCAAAUGCAGCCCUCCUUUCUCGCACCACUUCAGCAACUGCCAAUAUUCCACAACCUCUCUGGGCAUCGACCUUGGAAGACGUUGAUACCAAAAAGGCAGAAGCUGACGAUGACGAAAAUAAGGAAAUGUCCUUUGGAGACCGCAUGGCCAGUUCUGGAAUGGCCAGUGCUGCUGCUGUUGCUACGGCUGCUGUCAAUGCAGCUGUCUCCAUGAAGCCCUUGGAUGCCCCCGACGUGGAAAAGUCCUACGUGGCGCUGGACAAGACGCAACAAGAAUUGGACGAAGAGGGUUUGCCGAUUGUUUACGACAAAGAUUUAAUUGAACAAUAUUGGAGCAAGGAACGGGGAGCCUUGAAUCAAAGAUGGGGUUACUUUGUGGGUAAAGCUGUGCCCUUCCUUACCAAGAUGACUACCUUGUUUAUUCGAGAUGGAAAGAUUACGGAUAAGGAAAUUCCAGCGUUGAGUCGACAGGCCAGAGUUGAUUUGCAGGAUUUGGGUCCUACCUUUAUCAAGGCCGGACAGAUGAUGUCGGUUCGACCAGAUGUGUUGCCCCAGCCCACGUUGGAUGAAUUGACCAAACUGCAAGAUUCAGUCGUACCCUUCGACACGGAAAUUGCUGUCCAACAAAUUGAAAAGGAACUUGGUGGUCCACUCGGUCAAUUCUUUACUUCCAUUUCCGAAGAACCCGUUGCGGCUGCUUCCUUAGCACAAGUCUACCUCGCCACACUCAAUGAUGGAAAGAAUACCAAGGUUGCCGUCAAGGUCCAACGGCCCUCAGUCUUGGGUACCGUCUCAAAGGAUUUGUACGUGCUGCGACGUGCGGCGGAAGUCUUUCAAGGACUCGUCGACCGAUUUGCCCCUCAACAACGCACCAAUUAUGUCGCUUUGUUGAAUGAAUGGGCAAUCGGUUUCUACACGGAACUCGAUUUCAGCAAUGAGGCUCGCAAUCAACAAACUUUGAGAGAUAUGAUGCGGGAAAAGAACAUCAAGGGCGUGACCGUUCCUAAAGUAUACCACGAGCUAUGUACCCGUAGAUUGCUCGUGUCGGAAUGGAUGGAUGGCAAGAAGCUUAGUGAUGCUACAACUGAAGACAUUGCUAGAGUAACGCCCUUUGCUCAAGAAGCAUUUUUGACGCAAUUAUUGGAGGUUGGAUUCUUCCAUGGAGAUCCGCAUCCAGGAAACCUAUUGCUAUUGAAUGAGCCCACGGAAGAAGGAUAUGAAUUGGCAUUGAUUGACUGUGGUUUGAUGGCGUCCAUUAACGAUGUGGACCGUGACAACAUGAUUAGUGCUGUCAUUCACUUGGCCAACAAAGAUUACGCCAGUCUGGUGGAUGACUUUAUCAAGCUUAAAAUCUUGCCCGAAGAUUCGAAUCGUGCUGCCAUCAUCCCGCUGAUGGAUAAGGCCUUGAGCCCUUAUGUUAAGGGAGGUGGUGCCAAAAAGUAUGAGGAAGAAUUGAAAAAGUUGUACGGAAUGGAAGACAGUGACAUGCAAUCAACAGUAGGUGGAUUCCAGGCCAUGACACAGGAUGCCUUGACUGUCUUGAACGAUAUUCCUUUCUCGAUUCCCCCGUACUUUGCCAUUCUUGGAAGGGCCAUUGUCACGCUAGAAGGAAUUGCAUUGACUGGAAACCCCAACUAUGGUAUUAUUUUGGAAUCGUACCCGUUCAUUGCACGAAAGCUGUUAAGGGAAGAUCGCCCGGAGAUUCAAAGUGCUUUGCAAGAAGUUCUGUACAGCGGAGAGGAAGGUGACAGUGGCCUCAAGCUUACUCGAUUGUUAGCGUUGUUGAACAAUGCUGCUGGAGCUGUCGCCACCAGAGAUGGCGCAGCCUUUGUCGAUUUAGAUGCAGUACCAGAAAACGGGCUUGGAUUCAAGGAAGGUCUCAAGUUUGUUUUGUCUGACGACUCGGAAAGUCUCCGAAAUUUGUUGGAACCGGAAGUGGAUUCGAUUGUUGACAUUCUUAGUCGACAAAUCUUCCGCAAGGCAAUCAGCGACGCUGUGGUUGCAUUGACUCCCCCCAGACCACCGGCUCUUCCAUUCCUAGGCGACAUUUUUCCAUCAGCUCCAAAGUUGGACGAGAUUCGAUUCCCGUUCCUUCUCCCUGGAUCUGCAGGACUCCGUGAUCCAUCCUUGUCAGUAUUGACAAUUAAGGAGUUGACAGAUGCUGUGGCUCCCAAGCUGACCCAAGCAGAUGAGAUUUUUGCACUGGGUCUUUCAGAUGCCGCCACCGAGUUCUUUGGACCAGACGUUGGUGCUUUCGUCAAAGGAGAAAGUGUCUUCAGUGCGAAGACAGGUGAACUUGUCAUUGCGGCACUUCGGUCAGGGGCAAUCGGUGAAACUGAUGCGCUCAGCCCAGAAGUGGUGAACUCGGUCAUUGAGGCUGUUUCCAACACUCUAUCCCUUGUGAGAGGGGCUAACUCAGAGACCAGCGGCAUUGAAAAAGAACUAACAGCAGCAAUCGACAAUCUUGAUGAGAAUGAAAGUGCCCGUCUCAAGGAUAUUGUGGCCCAAAUAACAGAAAGAAGUAUCGCCCGGGCUAUUGAAAGACUGUCUGUUGUUGACAGAGUCCUCGGGUCUUAA